UCCAUCAUGGCCGCCGAGCGGGAAGGGAAUUUUUUGCUGGGUCUGCCGAGCAAACUUUCCCCCGACAUGGCGAGGGAGAAGCUGCUAGAGCUGUUCGAACGGUACAGAAAGUUCGUCAGCAGCAACCCAGACAUCACCAGUCAACUGGAGUCGUCAUUCCGCGUCGUAUCGUACUUCAUUGCAGGGCGGUUCCAAAACUCCUCGGAGUUGGCUGAACUGGUGUACUCUGCCUCCAACCUGAUAGUGCUGUUGAAUGAUGGGAUACUGCGGAAGGCGGCAAAGCUCAAGACCUCCAUGUCCCUGCCCCAGAAGCGCAUCAUGACAUUACUGACAGUACUGGAGUAUGUGGAGGUGUUUGCUGAGAUCGGUGCUGCUCGGCUGUGGGGAGAGUUGGGCAGGUGGAUCGUCAUAGCAGCCAUUCAGAUUGCUAAGGUGGCCCUGCGAGCACUGCUCCUGUUUAAGCACCAGGCAGGGAUUGUGCGCACCCCUCCCAUCACCCCUCUGGACAGGGAGGCAGACCUGCCGGAUGCCUUCCUCAAGAGCUGUAAGGACAAGAGGAAGUCAGCAGAAAGCCUGGAGAUGGAGGAUCUGGACCAGGUGUUUGUACAGAAGGCUGAGGAGCAGGGCAGGGUGCCUCAGGUCACCUUCAUGGGGACUCGCUCGGGAAGGAAAGUCAGGAGUCUCACUGCAACCCCUCCCCUCUCUCUGAGAGACUGGAAGCUGCCGGGGUUCCACAGAGACUCGCCCGCGGGCCGGACGAAGACUGUCUCGUCCCUGGAGCAGCAGAACCUGCCCCCCACGCGCCUGGGGGGCGCCCGGCUGGUGGGGGAGGCGCUGCACGUGUUCCGCCCCCUGGUGUACCUGUCCUCGCUGGCCACCUGCGGGCGGGCGUCAUGGAAACCAUGGCUGCUGUCCUUCCUGACGGACGUGUCCAGCCUGGCCCUGAUGGGAGACACUAAGGACCUGAACCUGCUGGAGAAAGCUGAGCUGAAGAGACGGUCUCUCAUGCUCCUGUUCUACAUCCUCAGGUCACCGUUCUACGACAAAUAUGCACAGGCUAAGAUCAUCCUGUUCCUGAGGCUCCUGGCCAGCACAGUGCCUGGUGUUGGGCUCAUUAUUGAGCCCCUGAUUGGUUACCUCCCAAACUGGCAGAGGACAUAUUUCUACAACUGGGGAACGUAAGGGAGCCGUGCUUUAUGUUGAAGUGGUGCCCUGUUGAGAUGCCUACAUUUUUGACUUGUAAACUUACUUACUUAGGGCGUCUAAUCUAAAAAUUUGUGUGCCACCCCCGCCAAAUUUUCGUGUGAAAAAGCCUCAUUUCAAAUCCAACUGCCUCUCUCCGCUUGCAUAUGAAAGCAUGUUGCUAACUUCUAAUUUUUACUUAAUGAAACAAUAGUUUCAAUAUUUUUAUGACACUUAAGUGUCAAGGAUACGCUGUGUACUAGCUAUACUGUACAAUGUACCUUUACUGAUACAAAGUCAAAAUUAGAUGCUCCAAUUUUGGGUGCACAAAAGUGCAUAUGCACCCAGUAUUUCAAGCCCUGCGAGACACAUCAUAGUUACAAACUGUACAUGUAAGUUUUAGAUGCCAGACACCAUUCACAGUGGUGUCCAUAUCUCUGCCAUAACAUUUAUGGCAGUCAAACCUGGCCGCAGCGACUGUCUUAAAAAGAUGGUCACAGCAGCAAGGUGGCCACUGUAAACAGGAUUGUUUAUUCUUGGAUCAGUGUGAAAAAUAAUUAGGGAACCAUGAUAAUGUGGCCACAGUGACCAGAUGGUCUGUAAUGUAGAAUAUAUCACUAAAGGAGAACCUGUACUUGAAUGAAAAUCAAUCAAUUCUACCAAAAAUCAAACCUUAUUCUUUUAGCAAAUAAUCGUGUGUUAAAUGAUCGUGACUCUCAUAAUCAUUGCAAUUUCUGUGUGUAUAUAAUUAUAUGAAUUAAAAAGAAUGAUAAGUGCUCGCCUGCAUAAUCUACAUGGAUU